AUGUCGGAACUGGUCUCAAAUCCUUCCCUGUGGGCCCAAAGUCUUGCAUUUCUAGGCUUGCUUUGUAUGACAGGCCUGAUUUGGAAUAUACUGUUUUCGCGACUGAGGUCCGUCCCCGGUCCAGCACUGGCCAAGCUAACGGACUUUUGGCGUGCAUUUCAUACCUACCGUGGACGUGUCGAUCAGAAACACGUCGAGCUGCACCGCAAGUAUGGAGUAGCUGUGCAGAUUGGCCCGAACUGCGUGAGCCUUUCGGACCCUGGUCUUAUUCGGACGAUUUAUUCGACCCGCAAUCCGUGGAAGAAGAGCGACAUGUAUCGCCCUAACGAUGUUUUGAUUCAAGGACACCGACUUUCGAAUCUCUUCAAUACGCAAGAUGAGGAAUGGCACAAUCAGAAUAUUCGCCCGAUUCGGAGUCUUUGGACUAUGACCAAGGUCUUGGAAUAUGAGCCCCUUAUCGAUGAGACCCUGAACAAGUUUGUCGACAAGCUCGCUUUGAGGUUUGUGGAUGGCGAUAGCGCGGGAAAGAUUUGUCCUGUUGAUGCAUGGAUUGGUUUCUUUGCAUGGGAUGUCACCGCCAAUUUCAGUUUCGGUCGCCAUUAUGGUUUCAUAGAUCAGGAGAAGGAUGUUAAUGAUCUUAUCACCGACUCAACUGCUGGCCUGGAAUAUUUCGCACCGGUCUCUCAAAUCCCAUGGAUUGACAAUUUGCUCGACAAAAACCCGAUCAAGCGCAUCGGCCCAAAGCCCACAUUAACUGGGGUGCUAUAUGCCUUCAAAGUUGUCGCUGAAUAUCAAGCCCAACUAGCCGAAAAGCACAUGUCCACUGGCACCGUUGACCACACUCUCGAUAAAUAUGUCCAACUCAAGAAAACAUGGCCAGACAUGGUGGACGACAAUCAAAUCGUCAACUGGCUAAUGCUAAGCAUCCUAGCCGGAGGCGACACAAGCUCAGCCACCAUGAGGGCAACAGUGUACUACCUAUCCAAGAACCUAUCAGCAACAGCCAAACUCGUCGCGGAAUUGAACAAUGCAGGUAUAUCUGCCCCUGCGCCUUGGAAGGAGAUCCGUGACUUGGCCUAUCUUGACGCCGUCAUCCGCGAAUCCAUGCGCAUGAACCCCGGCAUUGCAAUGAUAUUCGAACGGGUUGUUCCAGAAGAUGGAUUUACACUCCCAGAUGGACGACAUCUGCCUGCAGGAACGAAAGCAGGCAUCAAUCCCUUUGUGACGAACCGCGACUAUGAUGUUUUCGGCCAGGAUGCUGAUACCUUCAAUCCUGAUCGCUGGCUGCAGGACAAGGAUGAGAGUGCUGAACACUUCGAGGAGCGGCAGAGACGCAUGAAGGAUACAGUUGACUUUGUCUUUGGUGGCGGUGGUCGUGUCUGUAUGGGUCGUUAUUUGGCUAUGCUGGAGAUCAAAAAGUUGAUUGCGACGCUUUAUAGCUUGUUCGAUAUUCAACUUGUUGACCCUAAGCAUGAGUGGAAGUAUCGCAAUGCUUGGUUUGUGUAUCAGUAUGAUAUGCCUAUGCUCAUUCGGCGUCGGUAA